GUGGCGGCCACAUCCGACUCCGUGGACCUGGAGGGUGAGGCUCUGGCGCAGCGGUUCGUGCUCCGCUUCAAGGGCGACACGGGCCUCGCGUCGCGGAGGGCCAACAAAGUUCUUGGGGCCAUGCGGAUCGGGCCCUCGGACUGGCGCCGCCUCGCCUGCCGCACACCUGGCGGCGAGCCCGUCGAGGUGUCCAUCGGGCCCGACAAUAAUCGUUCGCAGAUCACCCACGAACUCGCCCUCAAGAAACUCAAGGUCGCCCUCCUCCCGCAUUUGGGGGGCGGCCGCGUCUUCCUGGACAAGUCGGAGGCCGCCCUUAGUAAGAACUGGCGCCAGUUCGUCAAGGUCCAGAUCGACGGGCCCGCAUCCGUGCCACGCGUCCUGUGGAAGGACCACAACGUGCAGGAGGUCUUCCGCGCCUCCACCUGGAACACCCGCGCCCUCAUGCACCACGACCCGCCGACUGCGGCCAAUCGGGCGGCCUACCUCCGGCAGCGGUGGCAGGGCAAGGGCGUGGUGUGCUUGCAGGAGACGCAUGGCUCUACAGCGAGGCUCGCUGACCAGCUGCGGUUGGUUGGAUAUCGAUGCCGCAGUUUUGCGUCGUUCGGCCAGAACGACUUGGGUGGGGUUGUCACUGUGUUCCCGUGCGCGAGUGCUGAGAUGGUGAACUUCGAGCCCAGGAUGGUGGUCCGGGGGAGAGUGCUAAGGGUGAAGGCGACUCUGAUCCCGCACUCGUGCGACCUCAUCGUGUGGAACAUUCACAAUUUUGAUUUGCAGGCCUCCCAGCAGAAGUACGUGGCCGACCGGCUUCAGGAGGAUCUGCUUUGGGCGGGCCUCGCCCCGCGUCAACGAUCCAUCCUCGUGAUGGGCGAUUUCAACUUCCGGGCCCUUCCUGCCGUUCCUGAGGAGGCGCAGGCUGCUGGUCGCAGGGAGGAGCACGGGCCUCGCCCACCUCGGCACUGGCGCGCGGGGCUGCGCGGCUACACGGAGCUGCAGCCUGCGGAGCCGACCCACUGGGCUCAGAAUCGCGGGACCUACAGCUCCAUCGACAGGAUCUACGUGGGCGCCCCGCAGUGGCUGCAAUGCCAGACGUGGAUGCAGCUCUCCAACGGCGGCGACCCGAGGGAGCUCCACUGCAGUGGGCUCAGCGACCACACGCUGCUGACCCUCGCGUGGUCGCGCCACCCGCCAGCGCGCCGGGACCCCGAUCGGCCGGCGCCGAUCCCCGACUACAUCUGCAAGCUCCCGCGGUACCGGGAGCUGGUGGGCCUCUACGUCGCGGCCCUCCCGCUCGAGCGACUUCCUGCUCCGGAGCGGCUACUGGUCUCCAUGAGGCUCCUGCAGGCGGCGGCGAAGGAGGUGCAGAAUGAGGGGUUGAGGGCGAUGUCGGGGACCCGGCGCUCGACGGCGACGAUCUGGCGGCAGAUGGCGCGGGCUUGCUGGCGGGAGGAAUGGAGGUUUGCUGACCUCCUCUGCCGCCGCCACCCGUGGGCGCAGGAGUUCCUGGACGUCGACACCACGCGACGCACGGUCGUCAUGAAGCGGCCCGACGAGUUCCACCGAAGGCACGCCCUCGCCCAACGCCGCUUCAUGGCGCAGCGGGGCCGCGAGGCCGAGGCGGACGUGGCGGCGGCCCAGGGGUGCCCCCCUCCUGGCCCUGAGAGCGAGGACCAAGCCAGGCGAGCGAAGAGUGAGCUCAUGCGCCUGCGCGGGCAGCAGCGGGCCCUGCGGCGUCGGGCGGCGCUCUGGUCGCCCUUCUCGGCGCGGCGCUGCCUGGGUGCGGUCAAGACGCAGCGUGGCGCGGUGACCGCCCCGCUGGACAAGGCGGCCGCCCUCGCCUCCCAUUGGGGCGCGGUCUUCGAUCCCGAGCCGCAGACGCCAUGGGCGCAAGCAGUGCGCUAUGACUGGGAGGCCCUGGGGCCGCCCACCAAGCAGGACAUCGCCAGGGGCAUCGCCUCGGCCCGCGCCUCGGCCCCCGGGGUCGACGGGCUCCCUGCCAGAGCAUGGGGUGCCCACCCCGCGCUGGCGGACGCCCUCGCGGCGGCCGUGCACUGGCAGAUAGACGGGCUGCCGUUGGGGAUCGCCUUCAACGGCUCCAUCUUGAUCUGUCCGCCGAAGGGCGACGAGCCGGACGACGUCAUCGGACAGCCUGUUUCUCGUGGGGCUGAGGACACGCGGCCGCUCUCGCUCCGGAACUCGGGGGCCGAGAUCAUCUCCUGGGCCCUGAACGCCAAGCUGAAGCGCGCAGUGGCGGCGUCUGUGUGCCGGACACAACGAGGCUUCCUGACGGGCCGCGACUUCUGCGAAAACUUGGUCGAGGGCGACGCCUUCGCGAGGAUGGCCGCGGGCUGUGGCGUCAGCGCGCCGGCGGCCCGGGCGCUUGCUGGCAAGGGCGGCGCGCCCGCCGGCGGCGGCUCCGGCCUGCGCCCUGGAGUCGGGGACGUGCUCCUCAACCCGUCCUCGACCGAGUGGCUGAAGCUGGACCCUGCGGAACUGCGAGGGCUGGGUCCGCCUCGGCCGUUUCUGUGCAGCUACGAUUACUCGCGCGCCUUCCCCUCGGUCUUCCAGGAUUGGCUGUGGUGGGUGCUGGAGGAGUGGGAGAUCCCGCAGCCCCUGCUGAAUGGGCUCCAGAUGCAAUGCAGCGAGGUCCGUGCCCUGGACUCCGGGCCGACGCGCGAGGAGCUCUUCCGUGUGCGCAGCGGGGUGCUGCAAUGUGACCCUGCUUCGGGAUCCCUGUACGCGGCUGGAGAGCACCCGUUCUGCCAGGACAUGGCCAAGCACUUGGAGGGGCGGCGCCGUGGCAUCGACCGCUGGUGCGCGGACGACCUCCUCGCGGUCGCGCUCCAGCUGGUCGGACUUCGCGUGGUCGGGAGGAUCAUGAAGGCCUCGGCGCUGCUCGCCAACCUGGUCCUGAAGGAGGAGAAGUGCGUCUGCGUGCCCCUCUGGGCACCCCUCUCGGCGGAGGUGGAGGAGGAAGCGCGCCAGAUCCUCGGCUCCGUCUCCGAGCGGUGGCGGCUCUUCCGCAUCGCCCCGAUGGCGAAGGCGCUCGGGGUCCUCCUGGGCCCAGCAGCGUCGACGGACCUCCAGUGGGCGCCAACGCUGGAGAAGUGGGAAUGGCGCGCCGGGCAGAUUGCCGCUGCCCCCUACGAUGCACAGACGGCGGUGCAGGCCUACCACGAGAGGGCCCUGGCGGUCGCCUCGUACAAGGCGCAGCUCAUCCCGCUGCCGAAGCGCCUGCCCAAGGCAGAGCACCACGCGCUUUGUCGGCUCCUGCGGGCGCCGGGCAGCUGGCUCGGACUCUUGGAUUUCUCGGCCCUGGACCUGCUCGCUUUGACCCCGAUACACCUCCUUGGGGACCUCUGCGCAGCGGCCCGCGUGCGCACCGCCACGCAGACCUUGGUGACAUGGCGCGCGAUGGCGCGGGCCCUCCGCGAGACGGCAGCGCGGUGCCUUUCGCUCGAGGCCCUCGGCCGAGGGCUCGCGUGGCCGGGCUUCUGGGAAGCGAGGCCCCUUGCCAUGCUCCUGAAGGAGGCGGCGACGCUGCUGGGCUCGGAGACUGCCCUGAGGGUCGCGUCGCUGGAAGCCGAGGCGCGGCGCUGUGAGGGGAGGCGGCCCCGUCUUCAGGCCGCGCUGAUGCGCGCCCUCGCGCUGCCCGAUCGACGCUCGGGCCUGGCUGCGAGGGUGCGCAAGCGCCUGGAGAAAUGGUUUGCCAUUCCCCCG